AUUCGUCACUCUUCUCCAUUACCCUUGUCCAUUAACCUUCACCAUUACCCUGUCACACGUUUAGGCCGCAUGGCUUAGGCUCAGGACAUGGGGCGACCUGUCGAACAGGCGGAGACAGGCGGAGCAGCGCUGGUUCACUGGAGGCUAUCCGCUCAGUUUGGGACAGGGGCAUGGAUGCAGGGAGCGUUUCCACAGAUGCCCCAUCAGAGGGAUUCUUGUGUGCUAAGAAUGGAACGAACAACAUCAGUGAAUGUCUGUUUCAUCCUUGACAACCCAGCAGACUUCUCCACUUAUGCCUAACAGUUCAGAACCAACUGGAUAUUCUAUACCAAAGUAUCAUCUCAGAGGAGAAGCUCAAUAGCACCACCCCUGGCUGCCAUCUCCUGCUGUUUUUCCUGCACUUUGGUUCCUGCAAGAGUUACAGACUGUUUCAUCACAUUUAUCAGAAACUCAGAUUAAUCUCCAAAGCAGAUGUUGUCCACUCGUUCUAACUGGCAGUGAUGGGAAGUGCUCAAGCCCACUGCUAUGGCAUUGUGUCCUCGGAAGAAGAUGGGACGUUGCCAGACCUUGGUACCAUGCCAAAUGGCUACUGUUCUGGCAAUACUGGAGCCAACGUGAACACACAUCAUCACACAGCGAGACGCACUGUGGACAAAAAUGGGAACUGCAAUAUGAAGUUUGUGAAUAUGAGCGAAAAAUGCCAACGUUACCUGGCUGACAUUUACACGACAUGGGUGGAUAUCCAUUGGCCAUGGAUGCUGAUUAUCUUCAGUUCGGCUUUUCUCCUCUCAUGGUCCUUCUUUGGGUUUGUGUUUUGGCUGGUGGCGCUGUCAUAUGGAGACCUAGAAAAGGAAGAGCAGUUGUGCGUUGCAAACCUUAACAGCUUCACAGCAGCCUUCAGUUUUGCUAUGGAGACACAGACUACCAUUGGAUACGGGAACUACUAUGUAACUGCGGAAUGUCCCAUUGCUGUUUUCAUGGUGGUUUUUCAGACCAUUAUGGGAUAUAUUAUUAAUAACCUUGCCAUUAGUACAAUCAUGGCAAAGGUGAUCUCACCCAAGAAAAGAAGUGAGACUCUGGUGUUCAGCCACUAUGCCAUAAUCACCAUGAGAGACCAUAAACUUUGCUUAAUGUGGAGGGUGGGAAACCUGCAGAAGAGUCAGCUGGUGGAAGCUCAUGUUCGAGCACAGCUCAUCAGGUCUCACACCACUGCUGAGGGGGAGUAUUUAACCCUGGACCAGACAGAGCUCGAUAUUGGAUUUGAUUCUGGCAUUGACAGAAUAUUAUUAACGUUCCCACUCAUUAUUAUUCAUGAGAUUGACGAAAACAGCCCAUUCUAUGACAUGAGCAAGGAGAAGUUAGAGAGCUCUGAAUUCGAGAUAGUGGUGAUGCUGGAUGGGUCUGUAGAGGCCACAUCCAUGUCCACGCAGUGUCGCAGUUCUUAUAUACCUAGUGAGAUUUUAUGGGGCCACCAGUUUGAGCCUGUUCUUUCUGAGAUUAAAAAUCACUAUUCGGUGGAUUACUCUAAAUUUAACAACACUUACGUGGUUCCCAGCACUCCACAGUGCAGUGCCAGGGAACUGGAAGAGGAAAACUCCAGCAUCUCUGGCCACAACUCCUUAUGCUAUGAGAAUGAAGUAGCUGUCAUGAAUAAAGAGCACUCAGGUAAUGAGGAAUAAUAUAAGAAAGGCAAGAAUAACAUUUUGGGUAAGAAUGUUGGAGGACUCAAAUAGUGAAGUGAGCUCAGAAACGGUGUCCUAUCAGGGAUCUGUACUUUUGGAACCUAAGCCUUUGAGAAUCUGAAUAUAUAAUUUAUGAAUAUGAAUUUAUGGCCAACCCCAAAUCUCUCUAACAUGCUGAAAAGACCCACUCCACUCAGUCUAAUGGCUUUUUAAGCAUCAAGUGAAAGCACACUACUUCUGAUACGCUAGGUGAUGAGAGGCCAUAAAGGAUAUUCAAAGUCAUCUAAUAUAAUAUAAUGAAAAACUAUUCUUAUUAAAACCUGUUUGAUCAGGUGAUAUGAUGAAGGCAAGAACCCCCUCCAAACAAUAUGCCAGAACAUUUGCGAGGAUUUCAGCAUCAGUGUUUAGAAAAGAGAUGGAUGGUAUGAACUGCACUCAACAGGGUUUUUUCUUUCUUGUGGAUUAAAGAGAUAACUGACUGCCGCACGGUUGAGGGUAGGUAUUUUAAAGAGGUAUUUCAAAAGCUGACAGCAAUAAGGAGAAGAGUUGAUCUGAACGUUUCUUUAAGUAGCCUGGUAAGCAUCCAGCCCUGGGGACUUGCCAGUUUGCAUAGAUUUCAUUGCUGAAGUGAUCUCUGCAGCUGAGAGGCCCUCCUACAGCCCAGCCAAUGGCCAUGAAGCUACAGAAGAGACACAACAGGUCUUCAAAACAUCUUCCAGCAAGAAGGAUUCACAGAUGAGUCAGAGGUGUAGAGUGAUCGAUAAAACAUAUGGGGGCAGGAAUUUUCUUUUAGGCGGUCUGUGGUUUUCAAGCUUUGCUCAUCGUAGACCGUCGGAAUUAUUUGUUUGGCAGUUGUUUGCUGUAGCUGACGAGCAAAUAUCCUUCCAGCUUUCUCUCCCUGUGCUGCUGUUUAGAGAUAAGGUAUUCAGCCUGUCAUGUUGACAGGAGAGCAGACUCGGCCUGUAGUAAUAUAUGCUUUUUCGUUAUGUCAGCAGAAGGAAGAUGACUCUAUACAAAACUGCCAGACAUCAGCUACAUGAUUUAGGAAAAAAACGAUGGAUUACAUGUGCUGAUUUAGACAUGGAGAAUAAGAUGGUAGAUGAGAGAAUAGACUGGAGACCAUAGGUUUAUCCCAGUUUGGUACAUAAAAAUUGACCUGGAUGACCCAGAAGUACAAACAUUUACCUCACCACAAUAUAAUAGUGCCCUGCAGGGUCAGCCUCUGCACUUGCCAUGUUUUUAUCAAUCAAUAUAGCUGCUCCUCCACCAUUUGAGUGGAAAUUGGAGUGAUAGAAGCAUGCUGUCCAUAUUGUCCUUAUAAGUAUUAGAAUGAUUCACUAUUAGAAUUUACAGUUUUGCAUAGUAAAGGAAUGGUAUGGGUAGUGGGAGAUUUUUUCCACGUUUUUCCAUGUAUUUGUUUUGCUCAAACAUGCAUUGUUGUCAUCAAUUAUUUAAUUGUCACGGCUGUUCACAUUUGAUAAAUCCAUCAGUCCAUAGAUAUCAGUCUAAGCACUGAUUAUACAUUACAAUCAGAUAUGAUAUACUUUAUUACUUUAUUGUACCAAUGGAGAAACUUGUCUUGGACCUUUCAUUAUAUUUGUUUAUAUUCAUUAUAUUGAUUUAUUAUAUUUAUUUAUUCAUUAUAUUUAAUAUAUUGGCAGUUCUCAUGUAUGGAGAUUACUUCCACCAAAUUCAAAUUUCUUUUAAUGAGCUAGUCAUUGUUUCACCAAAUUUGUUGUUUUUAUGGGGGUUCUGGAUUUGUGUGUGGGGGGGGGGGGGGGUUGUUUGUUUGUUUGUUUUGUUCAGAAUAUGCAAAGAUACUAAAUUUGUUUUUCAUGUUUAAAAAGGUCUAUUUUAAGCCUUGCCCUUCUCCUUCUUCAAGACAGGCCAUGGGACAGGUGAGAAUGCACAGCUGUGUAGACAGGAAGUAUACAUGCUGAGUGCCCAAAACAAAAGUGAUAUUUGACCAUAUAGGUGCAUUUCUGAAACUCCCCUACAGAAUCAUGUGAGGACAAGGUUGGAUUUGCAAUUUGUCUGACUGAUGUUUAUGAAAAUGUAAUGAUGAUGAUUAGAAUACAUAGCAUGUAAACAGUCGUUUAAUGCAGUCAUUUAGUUAUUUGUACAUAGAAAUGUGAACUGGGAACACUUUUUUCUUUCAGCAUAUUCAGUUAAACAUGUAAGAGAUUUAAUUGAGCAUGUGUAACUAAAUGUGAGGUAUGUGUUGAUAAUCACCUGCUUAACAUCUUAAGUUUCAAAAGUAUGGUUUUUUAGGAUAAAACAAUUUUUUGUGAUUUGGCCCACUAAAAAUAGUAGGCCUCACUGUUUAUAAGCAGGGUUCCAAUGUGCCAUGUAAUUUCUGGGAUAUUAUGGAAUUUUAAAAGUCUGUUCCAGACAUAGAUAAUCAAGAGAACUGAUAUUUUUUGGUGUAAAAUCAUGGAAUAUCAGGAUAUUUUGUAUGUAGCAACUUAAAAUUUUAGCUGCCAUUUAUCAAAAAUGUUUAUGCAUUUAUCAUACUGUGUGAGUGGUUGUUAUGGUUACUUGAUUUUUCCGAACCCAUUUAACAAAGGCCUGUUUUUCCAAUCA